UUCCCCCUUCCCUGUCCUCUCAAGUGGCCGUUCCCAUGACGAGGUCUAGAGCACGAUCCAAUCGGUGUCUCAUAUGCGCAUGCUCUCCGUGCUUCGCCUCACUCGCGUUGAGGUGAGCCCUUGGCAUAAGUCUAGGCGUUGGAUUAACAUACAUAGCGAUAGCUGACGAGCUUGGAGGGGGUUUGACGAUGGUAACCAAUACGUACUAUAUCUAUCCUUCGUCCUACCCGAGAUCCAGGUAACCUUAGGUAGUUUUCGGCUGCUGCAGUUUCUCAGAUUCCCUUUGCGGACUUUUCCUUGUUUUUUUAAUAUUUUUUCUAAAAAAAAAAAAAGAACCAGGCAAUACUUAGCUAUUAACCCGAACACACGUGAAUGGGUAUAGAAGACCAACCUGCUGUCGAGGAGUCGACUGAACCCCCUAUAGGUGGUGAUAUCAAUGUAACUCAGAAAACUCCGCUCGGCCACGGGAACCAAGACGCUGCUGCUGCUGCGCUCUCUAACCAGACGACGUCCCGGGAAAAGCCGGCCGUGUCUUCUUCCGUAACCGAGAACAACAAUCAAGAGCCUCAUAACUUAGCCGUCGGGGACGUAGAAAGGCUUCUCGAAACCGACGUUGAGAAUGGCCUCGACGCCGGUGAAGCAGCUCGUCGCCUGGAGCGCGAUGGGCCUAACAAGAUGGAGGGCGCUCAGGGGUUAUCCGUGUGGAAGAUUCUCCUGAGGCAGGUCUCCAACAGUUUGACUGUGGUCCUCAUCCUUGUUAUGGCUCUGUCCUUUAUCAUCGGCGAUUUCAUCGAAGGCGGCGUUAUCGCUGCCGUCAUCUCGCUCAAUAUCGUUGUGGGAUUCGUCCAGGAUUAUCGCGCAGAGCAGACGAUCCAGUCGCUCUACGCGUUGUCCGCGCCAACGUGCAAGGUCGUUCGCUCAGGGCAAAUCACGACCAUCAAAGCCGAAUUGCUUGUCAGAGGCGAUAUCGUGCUGCUCCAUGUCGGCGAUAUUGUCCCCGCCGAUCUUCGAUUGGCUGAUGGAUUGAACUUGUCCACUGACGAGGCGUUGCUGACAGGGGAAUCUCUACCGAUCAGCAAACAUCCGGAAGCAGUCCUCCGCGAGUCUGAUGUUCCCCUUGGCGACCGGAUUAACAUGUUGUAUUGCGCCAGCACGAUCACGCGCGGUCGGGGAAAAGGCGUCGUUACCGCUACCGGGAUGGAUACCGAAGUGGGAAAUAUUGCCCAGCUGCUCCGAAGAAAUCCAAGUUCGAAUUAUGAUAUAACCAGAUUCGAGGCUCUUUGGAAGCGCAUAAAGGCUAGCGUGCGCAGCAUCCUAGGACUCGACGGAACGCCUCUUCAGGUUAAGCUAAGCAAGUUCGCUUUACUGCUUUUCGGGCUAGCAAUCUUGCUCGCUGUCAUCGUAUUCUCCGCCAGCGUUUGGAAUGUCGACGAUGAGGUUCUCAUCUACGGCAUCUGCGUCGGCGUCGCUGUUAUCCCGGAAUCUCUCAUCGCCGUCUUGACGAUUAGUAUGGCGGUCGGUACCAAGGCGAUGGCUAAGGGCAACGUGAUCGUAAGAAAGCUUAGCGCUCUAGAGGCUGUUGGGGGGGUGACCAACAUCUGCUCCGACAAGACGGGUACUUUAACUCAGGGGAAAAUGAUUACUAGAAAAGUCUGGCUCUGCGACGGUUCUACCGCAACUGUUGAGGGCUGCACUCAUCCGUUUGAUCCGUCAAGCGGAAAGAUCAUCUGGAAUGACAAGGAGUUCGAGCCGCAAGAUGAGCUCAAACCGAAAUCUCGCCUUUCCGCUUCGGCGAAAAAGUUUAUAGAAUGCGUCUCGUUGUGCAAUAACGCCACCGUUACGGAUGGCAAGUCGUCACCUAACGACGACACGGCUGAAACUCUAACAACUUCGACUCUUACGGUACCAAAUUGGGUUGCCGUUGGCGAGCCGACUGAAAUCGCUCUCCAGGUUUUUGCUAUGAGAUUUGGUAUGGGUAAAUCCGCCAUUUCUCAAGCAUACAACUUGGAUAUCCUCUCGGAACACCCUUUCGAUUCUUCUUGCAAACGCAUGACGGUCGUAUACUCGUCAAACGGAUCUGGUGGUCCGGCCGAUGUAUAUACCAAGGGUGCAUUGGAAGUCAUGUUGCCGUUGCUAAACGCAUCCGAUGAUGUAAAGGCUGAACUGACUUCCAAAGCCGAAUCUCUCGCCGCCGAAGGUCUCAGGGUCCUCUGUAUCGCUCACAAGACCGUUCCAAAAGUUCCCGACCUAGGGGAUUCGCGUGAAGCCGUCGAAGAUAAAUUGACACCUUUGGGUCUUGCGGGUCUCUAUGAUCCCCCGCGUAUAGAAACGGCCGACGCGGUUAAGAAAUGUAAGGUUGCUGGUAUAUCCGUCCACAUGCUCACGGGAGAUCAUAUCAAGACGGCGACGGCUAUCGCGCACGAAGUCGGAAUCCUCGGUAGCGACAUUCCCGUUUCCCAGCUAGAAAAUGCAGUUAUGCCUGCAACAGCGUUUGAUGGCUUAACCGACGAGCAGAUCGACCAGAUGGAGAAGCUUCCCUUGGUAUUAGCCCGAUGUACCCCGUCUACGAAGGUGCGCAUGGUCGAGGCGAUCCACCGUCGUGGCGCCUUUUGUGCCAUGACCGGCGACGGAGUCAACGACUCACCCGCCUUGAAAAAGGCUGAUGUUGGUAUUGCCAUGGGUCUAAACGGUAGCGAUGUGGCCAAGGAGGCUGCAGAUAUGGUACUUACCGACGAUAAUUUUGCUUCGAUCGUGACAGCUAUCGAAGAAGGAAGACGUCUAUUCGACAACAUUCAAAAGUUUCUUCUACACCUGUUGAUCUCUAAUAUUGCUCAGGUUAUCCUUCUUCUCGUUGGCCUCGCAUUCAAAGACGAGAAUAACAAAUCGAUUUUCCCGCUCUCCCCUAUUGAAAUCCUAUGGGCCAACUUGAUCACAUCGUCUUUCCUGGCCCUCGGCUUGGGUCUCGAAGAAGCCCAGCCGGACAUUAUGUUAAGACCGCCGCAUGACCACCGCGUCGGUAUUUUCACGAAGGAGAUCAUUGUGGACAAGAUAGUAUAUGGGUUCUUUAUGGGCGCGUUGUGCAUUACGGCGUUUAGCACCGUCAUCUACUCGCCUCUCGAAACCGUCUACACGAAGUCGCCGCUCUCCGGAACGCUGGGAGUCGACUGCAACGCGGAGCACAACCUGUCGUGCGAUUACGUCUACAGAGCCCGCGCCACGACGUUCGCAACCCUUAGUUUUCUGCUGCUAGUUACGGCUUGGGAGGUCAAGCAUCUCACCCGAUCGCUAUUCAACAUGUAUCCCGAGUCGUUUUCUGGGCCCUUUUCGGUCUUUAGGACGGUCUGGAGAAACAAGUUUCUUUUCGGAGCUGUUCUCGCGGGCUUUAUUAUCACCUUUCCGGUUAUAUACUUGCCAGUUAUCAACACCAAGGUUUUCAAGCACCAAGGCAUCGGUAUCGAGUGGGCCAUUGUUGCGGCGUGCGUUGUGGUGUACGUUGUUCUAGUAGAAGCAUGGAAGGCGGCAAAACGGCGCUUUUUCAGGGGCGGUGUCCAUGUUGGAUCUACUGGAGCGACGGUUUAG